AAGCGAGCGUCGCUUUUCAUGACGUCACAGCCUUGCGGUCAGUUGGCGGCGGCAGAGGUUUGAGCAUUGAAUGCCGAGAUGAAAGCCCCUUCAAACCGCUGUCACACAGUCAACACCAGAAAGCGGUCGAUCAUUCUAUCGGUCUGCGGAUGCUCUGUCAAAUCAGACGCUUGAAACGGUUUGACAACAUUUACUUUUAUUCACAACACGUACAGCGUGCCAGAAUCGUGUCAGCUAUGGCGAAGCGACUCUCUGAUCUGUUUGGAAACACUCGGAUCGUUGCGGGACUGCUGGUCAACUUACUGUCCUCAAUAUGUAUAGUCUUCAUCAACAAAUGGAUUUAUGUGCACCAUGGCUUUCCCAACAUGACCCUGACUCUCAUUCAUUUCGUGGUGACAUGGCUGGGGCUGUUCGUGUGUCAGAAGAUGGAUAUGUUUUCUCCCAAGAGUCUCAGACCCUCCAAAAUCAUCCUGCUGGCUUUGAGUUUCUGUGGCUUUGUUGCAUUUACGAAUCUGUCUCUGCAGAACAACACUAUAGGCACAUAUCAGCUGGCCAAAGUCAUGACAACACCUGUGAUUAUAGUCAUCCAGACGAUGUACUACAAAAAGACGUUCUCCACAAAGAUAAAACUCACACUAGUACCAAUCACUCUAGGAGUUAUACUGAACUCUUAUUAUGACGUGAAGUUUAAUCUCCUGGGGAUGGUCUUUGCCACACUAGGGGUCUUUGUCACUUCACUGUAUCAAGUGUGGGUUGGUGCCAAACAGCACGAGCUGCAGGUGAACUCUAUGCAGUUGCUUUAUUAUCAGGCACCCAUGUCUUCUGCGUUUCUUCUGGUUAUUGUGCCAUUCUUCGAACCACUUACUGGAGAGGGUGGUGUCUUCGGCCCCUGGUCAUUCCAGGCCCUGGUAAUGGUCUUUCUUUCUGGACUUAUCGCCUUUCUGGUUAAUUUGUCCAUUUAUUGGAUCAUUGGAAACACGUCACCGGUUACCUAUAACAUGUUUGGACACUUCAAGUUCUGCAUCACGUUACUGGGUGGGUAUGUCCUCUUCCAGGACCCUCUGUCUUUAAACCAAGGUCUGGGCAUCCUCUGCACCCUUACUGGCAUCCUGGCAUACACCCACUUCAAACUGGCAGAACAGGAUGCGGGCAAAAGCAAGCUUACACAAAGGCCAUAGGCCAUCUGAUGUGCCAGUCUGUGUUCAGUGCCUGAUAGUGUAUAGGAAUAUAUAGUGAUGGCUCCUAGGAAAGAAGGAGAAAGACUAACCAAACAUGAAGUGAAAACAGCCAUAGAGGCUGAGAACUUUAAACAGCGUUUCAAUGAACCACAUAGGGUUUUCUGUAUAUUAAACAGUUUUACUCUUUGUAUUUCAAGUAUUGCAACUUGCAACAAACCCAUUUGCAAGAAAACCGCUAAAUGUCCGAGAACAUUUCCUUUUUUAUUUUAUAAGCUUUAUUCAAUCAUGUAUUUUUUAUAUGCUGUGUACAACAAUAAAAACAUUUUAUAGCAAAGCGAGCUCUUAUCUCCGGACCACACAGAACCAAACACAGUGACAUCAAAUGGUUGUAAUGUCAUCGUGUUAUAACACAGUAGACACAUGUGGCUCUUAUUUUGACCAGUUUAAACAGGAAAAUAUGUUAUCUUACAUUGUCUCUAGUCAUUUACAAGGGUCAGUGCAUCCUUGGCUAAAAAGCUCAAGGGUAUUUACUAUCUGUAAAAAGUAUGUCAGUCGUUUGUUACUCAAGACGGAUCGUUUUUUGACAUGUUUUUCUCAUUUGCAAUACGUAACUUCAACUCCAAAGUCCUCUUUUGUUUUGCUUUUCAAGUGAAAAUUAAACUUAGCACACCGUGGCAAAAUGUGCUGAAUUUGAAUGAUCAUGUGAUAAACAAAAUGCUUUUUGUUAUUUUGCCCAAGUAGUUCCAGUAAAG